CUGAAUAUUAGAAUAGUUUGAAUAUCUUUUCUCAUUCACAUUCCCAGCACCCAAGAUCACCCUGAUCGCAAAAUGAGUAGCUAUCCUCCCCGGAAGGAAACAGAUCGAAUUCGGACGGAGAAACGGCCAGUUCGAGAGCGACUGCGACGAUAAAGACGGCCGCAUAGCUCUGGCAAUAGCCCGCCAAACUGGCAACGAAAGCGUUGUGCAGCAGCUCCUGGAAAUGAAGACUGAGAUUAAGCGAUGCCGCAGUGGUGAUGGCUUUUUGGAGUAAUUGACAGUGGCAAAGGGCUACCAACACGCUUUUGACCGUAUUGUGCCGCCGGAGGAGCCAGCUCGAAGACUGAUAUUGGAGAACGUCGUUGGACGGAUGCCGCUGUUGUGUACCGCGGAAGAAGGUCACACAGCGAUUAUUCACAUGUUGUUGGAGAGCAGUGAAAAUGUGAAUGAGAAGGACAUAGAUUCAUCCAAAUCAGCACUGAUUCACAAGGCUGCGUACAAUAGACAUGUUGUGUUGGGAUCAACCACUCUAGGGACAGCCAUCACCAUCGGUAAAUUAGAAAUAGUAAAGCUACUGCUCAACUGCCCAGGCAGUGAUAUAAAACAAAGCUGAAUCAGUAUGCCUCUAUUAUAUUAUACUACAAGUCAUGGCAAAGUCAAUAUCAUCAAGCUCCUAA